GCACAGAUUAUGUUUUGCACUUUGAACACUCAUAAAAUUGAUAUGGACAAGCUCCUAGGUGCACAGAUUGGCCUUGAAGAUUUCAUAUUUGCCCAUGUUAAAGGACAGCGAAAAGAGGUGGAAAUUCUUAAAACUGAUGAUGUGCUUGGGCUUACCAUUACAGACAAUGGAACUGGCUGUGCAUUUAUAAAGCGAAUCAAAGAAGGUAGCCUUAUGGACCAAACCAAAAUCAUCUGUGUGGGUGAUCACAUAGAGACAAUAAAUGGAAAAAAUGUGUCAGGUUGUCGGCAUUAUGAAGUGGCCAAAAUGCUAAAAGAUCUGGAGAAAGGUCGGAUGUUUAAGCUGCAGCUGAUAGAGCCUAUGAAAGCAUUUGAAAAGCUGGAACCAAGGUCCAAAGGUGGAACUCUGCCAGGGGCUAAAAUCUCUAGAGGGAGAGAAACGCUUCGGCUGAGAACCAAAGGCCCUGCUACUGUGGAGGAAAUGCCGAGUGAAGUUGAAGAAAAAGCAAUUAAAAAAGUGGAUGAGCUUCUUGAAACAUACAUGGGGAUAAGAGAUAUGGAACUAGGUGAGUCCUUAGCAGAUGCAUGA